AUGGCCUGGGGCCCUGACCCGAUCCCCCAGGUUCUGCGGCCAGGCGUGGGUUACUUUCGCCCAAUCGACCAGACUUCGCAUGGUGGUAACCGCGCGGAACUGUUCCACGAGGUGUUUCGCAUGCGCACGCCUCAGGAGGACAUGUUCGGGCUCACCCAGGACCAGGCGUAUGCUCUGCUGACGUCUGAGAAGACAGACGAACUCCUUGAAACCAUCAUCUCAGCGUACGAGCGGUGCAAGCGGCACCACGACUUUGUGGUGAUAGAGGGCACGUCCAUGCGCGAUGGCACCAACACCUCUCCCCUCAACGGCCUCAUCGCCUCCGCCCUUGAAGCCCCUGCCCUGCUACUCUCCGAUGGCCGUGCUGCCUCACAAUUCCACCCCAAGCACACUGAGUCAGGAGGCGUGUUUGAGGACUGGGACUGGGAGAAGGAGGCGGCAGGGUGCAUCCUGGACCAUGCGCGUAUCAUGAGACAGUCGCGUGUCGACGUGGCGGGAGCACUCAUCUACCGCAUGCCCAAGACAUCCCGGGGGGCGGCAAGGCUGAGGGAAUACAUCACCCGCGCACACAUCCCCUUUGUGGGGGCCAUUCCCGAGGAUGUCUCGCUCGAGUCGUUCCAGGUGGAGGACGUGGCACGGGUGUUGAACGCGCAUGUGCUGUACGGCGACGUGCCCCACAGCAACAACAUGACCACCGAGGUCACGCGCACGCUCGUGGCCACGCUCCAUCUCGCAGACCUGCUCUCCUACAUCCCGCCCUCUGACGACCCGGGCAAAGGAGUCCUCGUCGUGGCUCAUGCCAGCCGCCCAGAUAUUCUGCUGGGGAUGAUCGACCUGCAUGAGACGCAUCUCAGCACCCAGGUGGCAGCCAUGGUGCUCACUGGCGGGUCGCCUCCCCCUUUGGAAGUUGACAUGCUCAUUCGGAGCCGGCCCACGAGAGUAUCCCUCCCAGUGCUGCUGUCCCCCAAGGCCACACACGACACGUGCAUCGCCCUCACCAAUGCCCAGCCCGAGCUGCACGCCACGUCCCACCGCAAGAUCGAGCGCGCCGAGGUCAUAUUCCACGAGAAUGUGGACAUGCGCAUGCUACACCAGGUGUUAUUCAAGGAGCGACCCCUCCGCAUGAACCCCAAGCUCUUCCAGCACACCAUCUUUGACAAGUCCAGAGAGGCGCAGUCCCACAUCGUGCUGCCGGAGGGAGCGGAACCGAGAACAAUCCAGGCAGCAGGGGAGGUGCUGCGGCGGUCGCUGUGCCGGGUGACCCUCAUAGGCCAUCCCGACGAGAUCAUCACCGCCGCCAAGCAGCUGCGCGUUGAUGUCUCUGGCGCUGACAUCGUCUACCCGCCCUCCGCUCCCAACCUGGAUCAUUAUGCUGAGCUGCUGUACCAAGCCCGCAAGGACAAG